GGCAGGCGGCGGGGCGGCAGAGCAGCGAGCUCUGCCCUCAUAGCGUUGUUUCCCCGGGGCCGGCAUCCGCCACGGGCAGGGAGGGCGGUGUUGGCCCCUCGCCCAAGGCCAUGCCUGGUGGGAUCGCAGUCUGUUCCCGUUUAACGCGGGGUUAAACGUGAGGUUCUGUCAGCCACGGGAAAGCUGAAGUUGUGUUUCCCUACCGUAGGGAGACGGGGGAUGUCAAACCCCUCCACACUGCGUGAGUUCUAUUAGAGCAGGCUCUAAUUUCUGCUGGUUCUGUGGAAGUCUCAGCGAAAAAAGUCACUCUCUCCUGGCGGCUCGUCAUCUGGGAGAAGCUGAGCGAGGACCAGUGUUGGGGUUCACACACUGGGGUUCAGAGAUUAUGAGCAGCAGUAAUUAUGAGCCUCGUAGCAAAAAGGGAAGGAAGUCCAUCCAUGAGGCUCCAGACGCUGAGAUACUACAUUCUUAUACACACAGCCAUACCUGCUCAUCUAUGGUUAGUAUGGGUAGAGAUGUAGCAUCUCUGUGGUGGUUAGAGACUACUGUCAAAAGAUGGGAACAUAAAUUAAUUUAAAUGACUUCAUCUCUUCUAAGUAAUCCGACAUGGGGCAGCUGCUGCUGGGCUCUUCCCACAAGAAGACACUCCUGCAGCUCCCCAGCUACCCACAGGCUUGCUAUGUAAGCCCAGUAUACCUCAUCUUGCUACAGAGUAACAGGGUAUGGUUACAGAGAUGAAAUGGGAUAACAAACAUCACCUUCAGGGCUGAAACAGCUCUGUUCCCAAACUGAAUUUUGCUUUUAAGUUGUGCAGGAUGAUAACUAUACUUGUUUUACUGAAGCAGUCAGAAGUUUGGAGUGACAGAAAAACAACAGUGAAGGUAUAGAGUCCGUGAAGACAGCUGUAAGAAUUCAUUAAUAAUGAAUACAUAUCCAGGAAGGCUGGUUGAAUGCCUGACAUUAACACUUCUGCUAGUGAAUCUACUGCUCUGGUAGAGUCCCCUGUGAAAAAUUGUCAGAAACUUGUAAGUUUGUAGUGGUUUCAUAUGAAAAUCCAGAAAGUUACUAUAAAAUAAAUGAAGUAAAUAGACAUGAAAAUUAGGUGUGUAUGGAGAUGAGCUUUUAGCUGAAACUAGUUUUAAUUUAUUAUUGGAAAAUAAACUUCAUAGGGAGGUGAGAAUGGACAGAAAGCAUUAAGUUAUGAAAUCAAAUCUGCUGCAGGUAGUUUAUAAUAUAAUCCCAGUGCAUCCAGCUCCAUAUACAGCUAAUUAGGUGGUUUGCUCUGAAACCUUCUAAUAAACUCUGAAGCCUUCUAGUACUGUAGCUACUCUUCUGGGGAAUAGCAACCUUCUUGUAACUUCCAUGCCAGAUGCAGUCAUUUAUUUGAGGUUUAGAAUGUUUAAAUAAGGGAAAAAAGCCUUGGAAAUAGUUCUGCAUGCUUGGUUAAUAUCCUUGUGAGUUCUAAUUUUAACAGCAUACAUACAGCUGUUUAAAAAACAAACAUGUUUUUAAGAAGUUUCUAGUUAAGCAUAUUACAUUUGUGCAUUUACUUGAUUUCAGGUACAUACAUCCCUAUUUUUACCUAUUCACAAUUAACCAUGGACUACUAAUAAACUGCUGUCCAGUCCAUCAGAACAAAUAAUUGUUUUUCUACAUGCUUUUUAUUCCAUUUCACUAUAGCUGUCUGUGGCCCUAAAAAAGUAUAGAGCCCUAGCAGUAUAUCUUAAAGCUAGUUGUUAGAAAAGCAGAAUACUUUUUGUUUGACCAAGGAGGGUGUUUUCACUGACUGCAGUAGAAGAACCAGAGUAUAAAAUCCAAAUCUUGUGCAGGCAGGCCAGAUCUAUGAUAGCAGUUGGACUCGGUGUGGCAACUGUUGCAUUUGCAGGUCGUUAUGCAUUCCACCUUUGGAAGCCAUUGGGGCAGGCAAUUACAGAGACAGCAAAAAAGAUUUCAACUUCUAGUCUUUCAUUAUACUAUAAAGGAGGAUUUGAGCAGAAAAUGAGUAGGCGUGAAGCAAGUCUUAUUUUAGGUGUAAGUCCAUCUGCUGACAAGGCCAAAAUCAGAGCAGCCCAUAGAAGAAUCAUGAUCUUGAAUCAUCCUGAUAAAGGAGCACCAGGUGAAGGGAUUUGUGCCUCCAUGCUGCCCCUGCAGCUCUUCUGUCGUGGCCAAAGAGAGAAGUGUUGUCUAAUGUCCUCAGCUGCAGAGUUCAGACCUAGAACAAUCUUGAACAUGUGGCAUUGCAGAGAGAUUCGCUUGGUUAUGUUUUCAACUUCAUUUCUUCUGGCUCUGGUGGAUCACCUUACUUAGCAACAAAAAUAAACGAAGCAAAAGACUUGCUGGAAUCCAGUACCAAAAAUUGAAAUCCUAAGACUUGCGUCGCAGAAAAACAAAACAAAACAAACCAGCAGAAAGCACACACAAAAACACCCCACUUCUUAUGCAUCUUUCUCUGGAAGGUUCAACAGAUACAGUGUGCAACAGCUUUCAUAUGUACUUGUUCUGCACAGUUGGUUAACAGUGCACUAGAUGUUUAUAUUUAUUGUUGAAAUUAAAGAUUUAAGACUAUUUAAAAGCAAA